UGAGCAAGGGUCGACCGAAACGCACUCUUGCUAGUGUGUUGUGAACCGUGGCCACGCAUAGAACCUGCCAAGGUAUGAGUACCGACGAGAAAUACGUCUUCUACGGUGGAUCGCUAGAGGAACCGAUCGAGGCAGGCUGUAAUUCGCUCGGCGAACUGAUCAUCAAACGUCUCAAGGAGAACGGAGAAGGCGUUGCAUUUAUCGAUGGCGUUACGGAUGAAAAGUUUACGUACGCCGAUGUACUGGAACGGUCCGUGCGGCUGGCGAACCGGUUCCACCGGCUGGGCAUCAAGAAAGACACCGUGGUGGCGGUAAUGUGCGAGAACCGUAUCGAGAUGCCGAUCGUGACGUUUGCCGCGACGUACCUGCAAGCGAUCCCGAUUCUUCUCAACCCCGGCUACACCGCUACCGAGCUGGCGCAUGUGCUGAAGUACACCCAGCCGCGUGCCAUCUUCGCAUCGCCCCUCGCUAUGGCCACACUGCAACCACUGCUCCGGACCGUGCCGUGCAUCAAGCUAACCGUACUGUUCGGUGACAAGAAACCGAACGCGAAGGUAACGCUGUUCCGCGAACUGUUCGAUCGCAACCGGGCCCAGUACAUUAGCUUCACACCGCAACCGGCCAAGCUGGGUGAUCAGGUGGGCCUGAUGGUGCUAUCGUCCGGUACGACCGGUCUUCCGAAGGCGGUCCAGCUAACGCACCACAACAUCAUGUGCGUGCUGGCGUACAUGCGCGAAAACGCGAACGUCAUCCCGUUCGAACAGAUCGGUCUGGGGUUAUUGCCCUUUUUCCACGUGUACGGCUACAUGGUGCUGAUGCACUCGCUGCUCAACAAGCGAUUGCUGGUAGCGUUGCCCCGCUUCGAACCGACGCUGUUCCUUUCCACGAUCCAGAAGUACCGCGUCACGGUUGCAUCCCUUGCACCCCCGCUGAUGGUUUUCCUCGCCAAACAUCCGCUCGUCGACAAGUACGAUCUGAGUUCGCUCGUUUUUCUGGGCUGUGGAGCGGCACCGCUUAGCAAAGAGCUCGAGCUGGCCGUCAUGAAGCGGCUCCCGAACCUGCAGAUGAUACUGGUCGGGUAUGGGUUGAGUGAGACUUCGCUCGGUGUCACGACCCGAGCCUCGGACGUGCACGGCAGUGUGGGCAAGGUGAACAAGCUAAGCUGGCUCAAGGUGGUCGAUGUGGAGACGGGCCGUACACUCGGUCCCAAUCAGACGGGUGAAAUCUGCGUCAAGGGUCCGCUCGUGAUGAAGGGCUACCUUAACAAUGAUCGUGAAACGCGCGCCAUGUUUGAUCGUGACGGGUGGCUACAUACCGGUGACACCGGUUACUUCGAUGAGGACGAAAACUUUUACAUUGUCGAUCGCAUUAAGGAUCUCAUCAAGUACAAGGGAUUCCAAGUGCCACCGGCCGAGGUGGAAGCUGUUCUGCUAACCCAUCCCAGCAUUAAAGAUUGUGCCGUUGUGGGACGUCCGGAUGUGUCGGCCGGACAGUUGCCGGUAGCGUUCGUGGUGUUACAACCCGGUGCCAACCUUACCGAAGCGGAGGUGAAACAGUACGUGGCCGAGCGGCUGUCCAAGCAGAAGCAACUUCACGGCGGUGUGCGUUUCGUGCACGAAAUACCGAAAACGGCCAGUGGGAAAAUUUUACGACGCGAACUCGCCGCACUGUUCCCCAAGGCGAAGCUCUAAAUCAAGCGAAAGUGGUGCGUCAUGCUGAUAAAAAGUGGAUCAUAAUCGUAAGCGUAGGUCAAUAAAUGCGGGAGGCAAAUAAACGAUUGUUUUGCCUCGUGGUAUCACUGCCACGAUAAGGAACCGUCCGCUUGGUGUCACUGUUAUUAAAUAGCAUGGCGUGGCGUGUGUGUGAUAACGCAUUACUGCUGGUUCAUUGGACGAAUUUUGGGCCAGUUUCAUGUGAGAGUCUCCAGCAUAUUAAUUGAGUGGAAAAAAAUUAGGACAAAAAGACUGUAGUCGAGAUUCAUCAAGCGUAUUAAAUUUAGAUUUAGAAAUAGUUUACCCCACGUUGCGUAGAUUGGACUAUUGUUGGAAAUAAAAACCUGGACCUGUUUAAAUUCA